AUGCAUAAUUAAGUAUAAAUACGGAUAUUACUAUGGAGAACUAAAACCUAAAUAUUACUAUUGGGAAAUAACCACUACGUUAGCGUCCUAACAAUUAGUGCACUAUUAUUCUACUAUAUUAAAAUAGUAUCUUAAAAUAAUCCUUUUAUUUCAAUUAGCAUAUAAAAAUGUGAAGUAGCAGCUUAUUCUCUUAUUUUCUUGAAGAUAUAUCUAUAGUUGAUUCAAUCUUAAAAUCCAUAAACUCAAAUUUUUGUAGAGAUUGCUUAAAUUAUUGUAGAUUAUUUCUUCUUUUUUUGCUAUUUAAUAAUUGUAAUAGGAAUUAUGCUGAGCAAUUCUAGGUCAAAAAAUAUAAUGAUAGUAAAAAAAUGUCUAUCAAAAGUUAUUCCUUCAAAGCUGAAGAAAUUGAUAAAUUUUGAUAAAGUCUCUUUAACUGCAUAUAUGAAAUGGAAAAUGGUCUAUUACAAAAUUAAAAAAGGUUAAAUAAAUCUUUAAAAAACCAAGGAAAAAUAAAAAAAAUAAAAAAAACAACUUAAUUAAGCAGAAAACAAUCUUCAAAAAAUUACAAUACAAAAGGUGAAUAGCAAGGAUUUAUUUUCGUAUAAUUUCAACACUUAGUAAGUACUCAUAACAGGUUUUGCUAAAUAAACAAAUAAUAUUAAUUGA